AUGGUAUCUUUUAAGUCGCUUGCGGCUCUGCUUCUGCAGGCCUCCGUCGCCCUCUCUAGCCCAAUCACCGCAGUCGAGAAGCGGGCUUCUUCAUUUUCCAACACGGUUUACUUCACCAAUUGGGGUAUCUAUGGAAGAAACUACCAGCCCGCGCAACUUCCUGCCAAUCAAAUCUCCCGCGUGCUGUACUCUUUCGCCAAUCUCCGAACUGACGGAACCGUCUACACGUCGGACUCGUAUGCCGAUCUAGAGAAGCACUACGAUGGCGACUCGUGGGAUGAGCCCGGCACCAACGCCUAUGGCUGUGUCAAGCAACUGUACAAGUUGAAGCAGGCCAACCGACAGCUCAAGGUUCUCCUUUCCAUUGGUGGUUGGACGUACUCGAGCAACUUUGCUGGCGCAGCUAGCACCGAUGCGACCAGAUCGACUUUCGCGAAAUCGGCAGUCACUCUGGUCAAGGACUGGGGUUUCGAUGGUAUCGAUAUCGAUUGGGAGUACCCUGCCGAUGACACCGAGGCCACCAACCAUGUCCUUCUUCUCAAGGCUAUCCGCGCCGAGCUUGACUCGUACUCCGCGCAGUACGCUAACAAUUACCACUUCCUUCUCACGGCCGCUGUUCCCGCUGGUCCCACCAACUACAACAAGCUCCACCUUAGUGACUUGGCAGCCGUGCUAGACACCUUCAACCUCAUGGCCUACGACUACGCCGGCUCUUGGGAUACUACUUCCGGCCACCAGGCCAACUUGUACCCUAACCCCCAGAACCCCAUCACUACGCCCUUCUCGACUGAUGCUGCUGUCGCCGAUUACAUUAAGGGUGGUGUCCCCGCGUCGAAGAUCGUUCUUGGUCUACCCCUCUACGGUCGCUCGUUCGAGUCCACCAACGGUAUCGGACAAGCGUACUCCGGCGUCGGCUCUGGCUCCUGGGAGAGCGGAGUGUGGGAUUACAAGGUCCUCCCCAAGGCCGGCGCAACCGAGACCUACGACGCGACCGCAGGCGCAGUUUACAGCUACGACGCCUCGGCCAAGGAGCUCAUCAGCUACGACAACGUCGACAUGGUGCAGAAGAAGAUCACAUACGCGCAAGGCAAGGGUCUCGGUGGAUCCAUGUUCUGGGAGGCCUCUGGUGAUCGUACCGACAGUGGUAGCUUGAUCGCUGCUGCGUUUAACGCACAGGGCGGUUCGGGCUCGCUUGAGUCCUCGCAGAACUUGCUUAGCUACCCUAACAGUCAGUACGCUAACAUCAAGAACAACCUCGCGUAAAAACAAGGGUCUUGGUCGCGGCUCAGCUGGCUGGUCUGAUCGUACCGUAUGGUGGUCAUUUGGAU